AGUUUUCAGUUUCUUCCUUCGGCGAUUUCCCUUCACUCCUUCUUCGGCCUUCAACACCGACCGUCAUCUCCAUUCUCCUUCCUGUCGCUCAUCUUAUCUCUCUCUCUACUCGCCUCGUACUACUUUGCUCCGUCUACCCUCCUUACGGUCGAUCUCCCUCACGGCGUUUCUCUCAUUCCACACCAUCGAUCUCUCUCACGGCCUCUCUCUCCUCCACUCCCUUGAUUUCUGGGAGUACUGACUCCAAACUCCAAAACGCGAAGGAAUUCUCGAUUUCCAACGGCGUUUUGGGCAGCAAGCGGAUGGGAGCAGAGUGGGCACGAGGACAAGCAUAUGGAAAGGAUUACGUUAACAACUUCCAUUCGUGUGCCUCUCGUUGAUGACCGAUGGACGAGGAAGAUGAUAAGAAAUUCAAGAAGUGUAGGAAGAAGAGACUGUUUGGCGCCGACAGGAGGAAGCGGCUCCUUCGUUUAAAAUGCUGUGUUCAAAACUACGAUUGGGGAGUUAUUGGGUGUAAUUCCCAAGUUGCGAGGCUGUUUUUGCUCAAUUCAGGUCGCUGCAAUGUCGAUCCGGGGGAAUGUUACGCCGAAUUCUGGAUUGGGACGCAUAAAUCUGGUCCGUCUUAUGUUGUUUAUGGACGGGAUAAUAAUGCCGCCGCGGCGUUUGGAUCCAAACCCCUGAGUCUUAAGGAUUGUAUCUCCCUCGAUCCGGUUGCUUUGCUUGGUGAUAAGGUCGCGAGGAAAUGGGGAGGUGAUCUUCCGUUUCUUUUCAAGGUGCUGUCGAUAGAGAAGGCUUUGUCUAUCCAGGCUCAUCCAGAUAAAGAUUUGGCGAGAUCCUUGAACGAAGCUCAACCAAGCAUCUAUAAAGAUGAUAAUCACAAACCUGAAAUGGCUCUUGCAUUGACUAGAUUUGAAGCCCUCUGUGGGUUCAUCAGCUCUAAGGAGCUCAAGGCGGUGCUUAGUAGCGUUCCUGAGAUAGUAGAAUUGGUCCAAUGUGCAGAUGCAGAGAAGUUCUCACACGAUAGUGAGCAAGAUGGGAAGGAGAAAGUAAAACAACUUUUUGAGUCCAUAUUUAGUCAGAUCAUGUCAUCUAACAAGGGCUUAGUUCGCGAGGCUGUAUGUAAACUAAAAAGACGUCUUAGUUUGGAGAAAAAGAAGAGACAAUUAUCUGCCAAAGAACAAUUGAUUCUCAGACUAGAAAGUCAAUAUCCUGCUGAUGUUGGUAUACUAGCAGCAUUUUUUCUCAACUAUGUGGAGUUAAAACCAGGCGAAGCAUUAUAUGUUGGUCCAAAUGAACCCCAUGCAUAUAUAUCAGGGGAAUGCAUCGAGUGUAUGGCAACCUCGGACAAUGUUGUUCGUGCUGGCCUUACCUCUAAAAAAAGAGACGUUCAAGCACUUCUUUCAAUGCUCAACUACAAACAGGGUUUUCCUGAAAUUUUGCGAGGAGUUUCCUUGAAUGAAUACACAAGAAAGUAUGCCCCUCCAUUCGAUGAAUUCGAAGUGGAUCGCUGUAUUCUCCCACAAGCUGCAUCCGUGUCCUUCCCAUCCGUCCCAGGACCUUCUCUCUUUCUAGUGAUGUCCGGAAAAGGGACAAUUAUCACAAGCUAUUCCGAAGAAACUACAUUUCAAGAAGGUGAAGUUCUGUUCGUUCCAGCAUAUAUGGAAGUGAGUAUAACAGCUACAGCUAUAGAAUUACAUAUGUACAGAGCUGGGAUCAACAACAGAUUCUUUCGAGACUUAUGAUUUUCAGGUACAAAAUGAAUAAAUCAAGAAUAUUAUUAUAUAUACAAGAAGAAAAGAGGGUAUAAGAAGAAAAUUGUUUGCAUUUAUUGUCCUGAUCUCCUUUAUGUUAUGAUGAUCAGUUUAUUUGAAUUGAUUGAAUUGCAUGAAAGUUGUGGAUAUACAUUUGUUGAAGAGUAUGGAUAGGGGUAUGAAGGUGUAUUAUUCAAAAUUCAUGAUUAUUACAUUUGAGUAAUAUAUAUUGCUGUACUUAUUUUUGUCCUAUAUCAGCUAUCAAAAGUGGGAUAUUCACAUGUAUUAAAUUUAGAGCUCCCUUUUCCCA